AAUUAAAAAAAAAAACACAAAAAUGCAUUGUGCAAAUCCAAAGCGCAAUUGAGAGUAAUUGCAAAGUGGAUUUGGUAGGCCGUUUAGUCUUUAUCAAAAUCUUAUUAUGAAUGAAAAAGAAUAAUUAAAUGAUUUAAAUGUUUGUUCAUUAGAUCACAGUUCAGAAGUACUAAAUAAAGUUCAUGUACUCAGUUAUAAUUAAUCUUUUCUAAUUAAUAAUAUAGUAAAUAUUAAUAGAAGAGAAAUCUUGAGUGAGCAAUAACGGAAAAAGCAGGAAGCAACUGUCACUGCGAGGCUUAGAGUUACUGUUACUGUUAUUGUGGCGAAUCAAUCAUCAUGUCUUGGUGCACUAUUGAGUCUAAUCCAGGUGUGUUCACGGAACUUAUACAACAAAUGCAUGUAAAAGGUGCACAGGUUGAAGAGUUGUAUUCAUUGGACCUUGAUUCUCUUGACAGCCUGAGACCUGUAUAUGGGUUGGUUUUUCUUUUCAAAUGGCGCCCAGAAGAGAAAGAUGAACGUGUUGUAAUUACGGAUCCAAAUCCUAAUCUCUUUUUUGCCCGUCAGGUUAUUAACAAUGCUUGUGCAAGUCAAGCAAUUUUGUCUAUCCUCAUGAACUGCCCAGAUAUGGACAUUGGUCCAGAAUUGUCGAAAUUAAAAGAAUUCACCAAGACUUUUCCUCCUGAGCUCAAAGGGUUGGCUAUUAAUAACUGCGAAGCUAUACGUGCAGCCCAUAACAGUUUUGCACGACUUGGGCCUUUUGUUCCUGAAGAGCAGAAGGCAGCCAGCAAAGAAGAUGACGUGUACCAUUUUAUAAGUUACUUGCCUGUUGAUGGAGUGCUAUAUGAACUUGAUGGAUUGAAAGAGGGACCCAUCAGCCUUGGUCAGUGCACUGGUGGGCAUGGUGAUAUGGACUGGCUGCUUAUGGUGCAGCCAGUGAUCCAGGAACGCAUAGAAAGGCAUUCCAAUAGUGAGAUAAGAUUUAAUCUCUUGGCAAUAGUCAAAAACAGGAAAGAAAUGUAUACUGCCGAACUCAAGGAGCUCCAAAAGAGGAGGGAGCGUAUCUUGCAGCAGCUAGCUGCUUUCCAGGCAGAAAGACUGGUCGACAAUGGCAACUAUGAAUCUCUGAACAAAUCCAUGUCUGAAGUGAAUGCUGCGAUUGAAAGUGCUACAGAAAAGAUUUUGAUGGAGGAAGAAAAAUUCAAGAAAUGGAGAACAGAAAAUAUCCGUAGGAAGCACAAUUAUAUUCCGUUUUUGUUCAACUUCCUCAAGAUUCUUGCUGAAAAGAAGCAACUGAAGCCCCUUAUAGAGAAGGCCAAGCAAAAAACCAGCGCCUCCAAGUAAAAGGUUUUUAUUUAUGUUCUUAGUAGGUGUGACACUGAUUUUAAGUUCAUGUUGCUAGUAUAUAUGCAAACGUUUUCCGCAUUGUUAUUUGAUCUCUCUUCCGCGUAUGUGAAGCUGCUUUGCCA